CACGCUCGGCGCAGCUGAGGCUAGGCUAGGCGCGCCCAAACGACGCGAAUGCGUGCCGCACAGGCUGCCUUUGGACCUUUUUAGCACGCACACGACCCGUCUAGGGCGUGGAGGCUGCCCCGAUGCGAGGCAUGAACCUAUAAGCAAUGGCACGCAAGAAGCAAGGCGGCGGCGCCGUCUUGGUCGGCGCGGCCGUCGUCGCAUUGUUCAUGAUAGUCGCGAACAGACAUCACGUCGACCCGGAGGCCGACGGCGCGCACCGCCUGCGGCGCCGGCCGGCGCCGACCACCGACGAAUGCCGCGGCCCCCGCGCGUUCCCGCAGUCACCUCAGCUGCCGUGGCGCCUGCACGACGCCUUCACGACGGACUGUGAGGUGGCGACCUUCGUGGCGCAGUACGAGCGCGGCUGCGCCGAGAUGACCGCCCUCGUAGCGAGUGUGGUGCCGGACGGUAAUAUCCAAUCGUGGCUCGACACGGCCCGCGCUCCUGAAGGAGGGUGCAAGGUCUGCGCCGUCCACGCCUUUGACGCCAACGAGGCGCCGAAGGUCGAGAAGGAGAAAAGGCGCGUCUUCGAGGCGUUGGGCGGCGCGACGAAAAAUAUAAGGUGCACCUUCGCCGACGGGACUUCAGUAAAAGCGUCGAGCGACGACGCCUUCCACGCCAAGAAGAGCACGCUCGUCUUCCGCUGUUCUAUACCUAAGCACCUUGGUUGUUCUCCAGAAGUUUCGAUUGAGGACACCGGACGGAACCAUGAGGCGGUGCGCGUCUGCCACACACCAAAAAUACCAAAGGUCGACGUCGCUCUUGUCGCUUGGACCUCGGCGUCGCCAUAUACUGAUAGGACGGGCAUGGUUUUUGACAACACGGACCGCGUCCUACGAAGGUGGCUGGCCUGGCACUGGAGUGUGGGCGUGCGCUACUUUCUCGUGUUCGAGAGCGGGGCGACCUGGGCCGAUCCGCACCAUAGUAAAUUGUGGCCGGCUAUCAAACCUUUCGUCGAAGCGAACGCCGCCUUACUAGUCCCGUGGGGCACGGACGCCUGCAAAGGCCCCCACGUGAAGAUCGAGGCGGGGCAAAGGGGAGGCAUCGGGCUGACAGACUUUUUUGGAAGGCCGUCCCAGUACGCGGCCCAGAACAGUGGAUUAUAUAGGCUCCGCGAGGUUGUGAAAUGGAUCGCAUUUCUUGAUAUUGAUGAGAUGCUACUACCAGAAAACGCGACGACCGUCGGAGAGGUGUUGAAGCACCAGAAAACAGGCGCCGCUGUCGCGGUGCCGCACGUGUUCUACGGACGGUGCCCCUCGUCUAACCAAAGAACGUGCGCCGGCAAGGCCGUUCCAUCUAGAAACAAGCUCGUGGUUAAUGAAAAUGCGGCCUACGUCUGGGACCACACUCUGAUAGUACCUCCACAAGGUUCGCGCGGCAUCCGAGCGUCGAAGCUGCGCCUCGCGCACUUGAGAGCGGACUACGCCUUCGACGCUUUUGACGUCGCGCGCUUCGGCACGCGGGGGUCAAAGGCCGAGGCGCGCGCCUAUUUGCAGAACGUGCUGCCUUAUAUAGAGGAGCCGUGCCCGGGUUCUGUAAAAUGCGAGGGCGGCUACGACGUCUGCUGGUGCCGGGACCUGGCGCUCGAAGGGCGGUUUCAUGCGUUCUUCAUGUCGUACCGCGCGUGGUACGCGGCGGAGGGGGACUGGGAAGUGUUGUGAUUUUAAGUUG